CAUAGUACUGAUUUCUAUAAAUAAAAAAAAGAUAAAAAAAAACAAUGUACCUACUACGUAAAACCCUUCAGUGCAUAUUAUUUUUUCAAAUUAUUUUUAUGUUCCCAAUUUUUUAUUAUACGAUUCUGAGGGAUAGCUGUAGAAAAAUUCACAAUAUUCGCAAAUGUCCUUCACGGCAGAUAACGGAAAGGAAGUCCUUCAAAGACUCAUUUUCCGCUGUGACAAAAAGGGGCACAAAGAGGGAUUUGACGAGGAAAUCAUCGGAAUGAUGACCCCGAGAUAAAUCUCAGCAAGUUUUGUCGCUUCCAAAAUGAUUCUUAAUGAUCUAACGGGAAACGGGACCACAGUGAGUUUGUUAGCCCGAAAGGCAAACAAACUCAUUCAUACAACAAAGGGCAGUGGAGCAAGGUCAACCAGAAGCAUAAUUCCUAGAAGCUGGUUCUGAGACAAUGGAUACAUUUCCUCGUAGGAUUCACCGGAGAGCAAAUGAAAGGGAUCUCUCCCGAGGAAUCCAAGGGAACUCGCCGGUCCGUCGUUUCUCCACGGUGGCAUUUCACCCGCGUUGCCCAUGUUGCCCCAUCGACACGGCGGAGUAACGAGGGAGUAACGAGGGAGUAACGAGGGAGCAGACCCGCAAAGCUGUCGAAUAAUUACCUCCUUUUUUCUCUGUGGUUUCCAAAGAAAGGCGAGCUGGAAACCCAACGGGAGCGGAUGGAAGGGUCUGUCCAGCGAGAGUGAGUCGAUAGGAUCGCGAUCGGUCGAUUCUCUCUCCUGACCUCCCUCCUUCCUCCCAUGCCGACCCGCGACCCGCUGAGGCUACUAUCGACACGGUGCAUCGAUUCAAGUCUGCCCAACGCAAUUCUCUGGUUCAAUAGAAGCGAAACCGGUCGCGAAGCCGCAUGCCUGGUCCGUGCCCGUGACAAAGGGUAUUAGACCUUACACUAUUACCCGAGCAAACUCUGGUUCACAGCAAGAAGAUCCUCUUAAAAAAAAAAGAAAAAAAAAUUCUUCGUUUUUCAAAUUUUCAUGCGGAACCUUAUUGCAAAUAAAAAAAAUAUUCAACUCUUCCGCGCCUCACUAGCACGCCCAGCUCUUGCGACUAAUUCGUUGACUACGAAACAGAACUUGCCGAAAAAUGAAUCUGAACAUAGGAAGUACCAAACCAAGGACAGUUUUCUUAACGAUAGCAAUUGGAUCCAACUUUUUCUUGCCUUCAGCUAUGAUAAAUACAGAGCAUAUGCAUCUAAAUGCAUCCAAGGGAAGUCCCACGGAACAGGAACAGGUCACAGCAAUGCACAAUUAUAUGAGAUACUCGCCUUUGUGGUAUGUGGGACUGUGUCAGAUGUGCAACUGUGCAGAAUGUUCGACAGGAGUCCCAGGGCCAACCCUCCCCUCCCGAGGCAUUAAAGCCAUCAACUUCUGCUCUACCAUAGCAAGAAGCGCAGAAAGAGAGAGAGAUGUCCCCCAACGACAACAACAGCAAGACAGAGCCGAAGGAGGACAUCCAGGAGACAGGGAGACUCUACGAGCACGAGCCCGAGCCCCAAGAGCAUGGGAACGUCGGCACGGGCCCCACGGACAAGGUCUACGAGAAGCAGUACGUCUGGGGGAACAUCAUCCGCUUCUCGAUCUUCCACAUUGGCGCCGUGUAUGGCAUCUACCUUGCGUGCACUCAGGCCUCAUGGACCACCUUUGUGUUUGGAAUCAUUGUGGGCAUAUCAUCUGCACUCGGAAUAACGGCAGGAGCUCAUCGCCUUUGGUGUCAUAGGGCCUAUAAGGCGAAAUUUCCCUUUCGUCUCCUCCUGGCCUUCCUAAACACAAUAGACAUUCAAAGAGGCUUCUUCUUCGCUCACAUGGGAUGGCUCCUGGUCAGGAAGCAUCCGGAAGUGAUGAGGAAGGGCAAAACCAUCGACUGCAGCGACCUCCUGGAGGAUCCCAUCGUCUACUACCAGUGGAAAUUCUACUUCCCGCUGUCGAUACUGUGCUGCUUCGUCAUCCCGGCCGUGACCCCAUGGUAUUUUUGGGGGGAGGACCUGUGGGUCGCCUUCUGGUACUGCUCCAUCGGGCGCUAUAUCCUGUCCGUUCACGGGACGUGGCUGGUGAACAGUGCCGCUCACCUCUGGGGACAGAAGCCGUAUGACAAGAACAUCGGACCGGUGGAGCAACCAAUCGUCGGAGCCCUGGCGCUCGGCGAGGGCUGGCACAACUACCACCAUGUCUUCCCCUGGGACUACAAGACUUCGGAGCUACCCUGGUACCACGUGAACCUGACAACAAUGUUCAUCGACGCGGCCGCCUACCUGGGCCAGGCCUACGACCUGAAGACGGUCGACCCGGAGGUGGUGGAGAAACGGGUCUACGAGAAGCAAUACGUCUGGAGGAACAUCUACAUCUUCUCGAUGUUCCACAUCGGAGCCGUGUAUGGCCUCUACCUAGCAUUCACUCGGGCAUCGUGGACCACCUUCGUGUUUGGAAUCAUUGUGGGCAUAUCAUCUGCGCUCGGAAUAACGGCAGGAGCUCAUCGUCUUUGGUGUCAUAGGGCCUACAAGGCGAAAUUUCCCUUUCGCCUCCUCCUGGCAUUCCUAGACACCAUGGACAUUCAAAAUUCCAUCUACGUGUGGAGUCGGGACCAUCGAGUGCACCAUAAGUUCAGCGAGACCGACGCCGAUCCACACAACGCGAAGAGAGGCUUCUUCUUCGCUCACAUGGGAUGGCUUCUGGUCAGGAAGCAUCCGGAAGUGAUGAGGAAGGGCAAAACCAUUGACUUCAGCGAUCUCCUGGAGGAUCCCAUCGUUUACUACCAAAGGAAAUUCUACGUGCCGCUGGCGAUACUGUGCUGCUUCGUCAUUCCGGCCGCGACACCGUGGUAUUUUUGGGGGGAGGACCUGUGGGUCGCCUUCUGGUACUGCUCCAUCGGGCGCUAUAUCCUGUUCCUUCACGGGACGUUCUUGGUGAACAGUGCCGCUCACCUCUGGGGACAGAAGCCGUAUGACAAGAACAUCGGACCGGUGGAGCAACCCAUCGUGGGAGGCCUGGCGUUCGGCGAGGGCUGGCACAACUACCACCAUGUCUUCCCCUGGGACUACAAGACGUCGGAGCUACCCUGGUACCACGUGAACCUGACAACAAUGUUGAUCGACGCGGCCGCCUACCUGGGCCAGGCCUACGACCUGAAGACGGUCGACCCGGAGGUGGUGGAGAAACGGGUGAAGCGGACCGGCGACGGCUCUCACUUCAGCAAGACGGAGCUGAAGGAGGACAUCCAGGAGACAGGAAGACUCUACGAGCACGAGCCCGAACCCCAAGAGCAUGGGAACGUCGGCACGGGCCCCACGGACAAGGUCUACGAGAAGCAGUACGUCUGGAGGAACAUCUACAUCUUCUCGAUGUUCCACAUCGGAGCCGUAUAUGGCCUCUACCUUGGGUUCACUCGGGCAUCGUGGACCACCUUUGUCUUCGGAAUCAUUGUGGGCAUAUCAUCAGCGCUCGGAGUAACGGCAGGAGCUCAUCGCCUUUGGUGUCAUAGGGCCUACAAGGCGAAAUUUCCUUUCCGCCUCCUCCUGGCAUUCCUAGACACCAUGGACAUUCAAAAUUCCAUCUACGUGUGGAGUCGGGACCACCGAUUGCACCACAAGUUCAGCGAGACCGACGCCGAUCCACACAACGCGAAGAGAGGCUUCUUCUUCGCUCACAUGGGAUGGCUCCUGGUCAGGAAGCAUCCGGAGGUGAUGAGGAAGGGCAAAACCAUCGACUGCAGCGACCUCCUGGAGGAUCCCAUCGUCUACUACCAGAGGAAAUACUAUCUGCCGCUGGGGAUACUGUGCUGCUUCGUCAUCCCGGCCGUGACCGCGUGGUACUUUUUGGGGGAGGACCUGUGGGUCGCCUUCUGGUACUGCUCCAUCGGCCGCUACGUCUUAUUCAUUCACGGGACAUGGCUGGUGAACAGUGCCGCUCACCUCUGGGGAGAGAAGCCGUAUGACAAGAGCAUUGGACCGGUGGAGCAACCCAUCGUGGGAGGCCUGGCGUUCGGCGAGGGCUGGCACAACUACCACCAUGUCUUCCCCUGGGACUACAAGACGUCGGAGCUGCCGUGGUAUCACGUGAACCUGACGACGAUGCUCAUCGACGCGGCCGCUUACCUGGGCCAGGUCUACGAUCGCAAGACGGUCGACCCGAGGGUGGUGGAGCGGCGGGUGAAGCGGACCGGCUUCCUUUAUUUCCUUGUCCUUUUCGAAGCCUUCAUGCUCGGUUUAACAUCUUCACUCGGAGUGACGGCAGGAGCCCACCGCCUCUGGAGUCACGGGAGCUACAAGGCGAAAUUCCCCUUCCGCUUCCUCCUGGCCUUCCUGUUCACGUGUAAUAUUCAGAAUGACAUCUACGUGUGGAGUCGGGACCACCGCCUGCACCACAAGUUCAGCGAGACCGACGCCGAUCCACACAACGCGAAGAGAGGCUUCUUCUUCGCUCACAUGGGAUGGCUCUUCGUCAGGAAGCAUCCGGAGGUGAUGAGGAAGGGCAAGACCAUCGACUGCAGCGACCUCCUGGAGGAUCCCAUCGUCUACUACCAGAGGAAAUUCUACGCGCCGCUGGCGCUGUUCUGCUGCUUCGUCUUCCCUGCGGUCACCCCCUGGCUGCUGUGGGGGGAGGACCCGUGGGUGGCCUUCUGGUACUGCUCGGUCGCGAGGUACAUCCUCUUCAUUCACGGGACGUGGAUGGUGAACAGCGCCGCGCACCUCUGGGGCCUCAAGCCGUACGACAAGUACAUCGGACCGGUGGAGCAGCCCAUCCUGAGGGUCCUGGCGUUCGGCGAGGGCUCGCACAACUACCACCACACCUUCCCCUGGGACUACAGGACGUCGGAGCUGCCUGGGGGGACGGGACUCACGUCGAGUGGGGGGACGGGACUCACGGCAAGCGGGGCGAGAAGGCCGAACGGUCGUAUUCGACAACUGUCGAUCCUAAAUUCAGCUGCCGAAGCAGAUCGGGCACCAGGAAGGAACUAUCUAUUUUGCAUGAUGAAUAUGAAUGAUGAAUUCAUGAUUCAUGUCAUUCGUGGUCGAUAUCAUUCAUCUCUUAAGGAGACAUAUCGUGACGAUGCAUUUCACCAUUGUCUGAACAGGGAAGAAUCACCUCUUCGUGUCUGCGAACCUCUUCAGGCUCUUCUCAUUUGUGGCUUCGCGAAAUGA